AGAAGAAAAAGAGGUACGCACUUUGACACAUCCUUGGUACGCUUGCGAUAUGUCUAUGGGUACGCACGGCACUUGAAGGCAACACAACAUGAACGUAAACUUCGGUCGGUGUGACAGAAAGUAGAGUGUCCGCUGGUGUAAAUCUGACUUGGGGAUGGCAACGUUGAGUCGUUUGGUGUAAAAGACCGGCGGGCAGUAGUCGGUUCGGGGGAAACUCUGGCUUGACCAGGCGAGUUGAGCCGACAUGGGGACACUGUGGUCUCGUAGCGACAGCAGCAUGUCGCUCCUCCCGGAGAGGCAGAGGUCCGAGCGGCGAGGAGAGGACAGAGAUUCCGAUAACGACUCUUUGGAUGGGUUCGUCAGACAGGAGGACAUAGCUCAGUUCCCCUACGUGGAGUUCACCGGCAAGGAUAGCAUAACGUGUCCAACAUGCCAAGGCACUGGACGAAUACCCUCAGAACAAGUGAAUGAACUGGUUGCAUUGAUCCCAUACAGCGACCAAAGGCUGCGACCCCAAAGGACGAAGCUGUAUGUGGUCCUGUCAGUUGUGUUGUGCCUCCUGGCGUCGUCGCUCGUGGCCUUCUUCCUCUUCCCUCGCUCCGUGGUUGUGGUGGAUGAUGGGAUACACUCAGUGACUGUGCACUUUGACCGCUCCAACAUGAAGGUCCUAAUGAACAUGACGAGCACUCUGAACCUCAGCAACCCAAACUUCUUCUCGGUGCUGGUGCAGAGUGUGAACUGCCAGGUCCUUUACAUGAAGACGGUGAUCGGAACUCAGCAGCUCGACAACGUCACCACCAUCCUGCCGCUCAGUCAGAUACAGGUGAACUACACGGUCAGUGUGGCGAUUGGUGGCAGCGCACCCUACGUCUAUGCCUUCUGCACCAUGCCCAGCAUUAAGGUCCACAACAUUGUCGUAUAUAUGCAAACCGCGGUGAAAACCUCAAACAUGGUGCGAACGUCCCAGAACAGCCUGGAGGCCUAUCGCUACAUAGACUGUGGUUCCAACACCACAUGGCACAGCCACCACUCGGCAGCCACGUCCCGUCUCAACCUCCCUCUGCUGUGACUGAGCGAGCGAGCGAGCGGAACAGUCCCGGGAACAGGCGGCUGGCUCACUUCUCUGGAGGAGGUUGGGAGACCUUUUAACGGAGAUGUCGGUUGCACACUCCAGGAUGGAUUUCGCAGACAUAACCACCAGCAGCAAAAUGCCAAACGGUGCUUUCUUCUAAGCUCGCACAGAAUAGGUAACAUCAAGUAGCCGUUAACUUCCAUUGCCAUUCAAUGAUUAAGCUGGAAAACAGGGCUGCGCCAAGUGAGUGUUUGUAAAAAGGUAACCGCUAUUUUUUUUCUUCUUUUAACUGAACGUGGGUUUUUCAUCGGACAGCCCAGAGGCAACAGAUAUAGGUGUUGUUGGCGGUUGCCGUCAGGCGUAGAUACCUCUUGCCCUAGCAGCUCCUUGUGGUUUUAAUUUGCAUUUGUGGGGGCUAAAGAUCGCCUGAACUCAUCGUGUCUAGAAACACGUUGGAAAAGGCAGUUCUGCUAUUUCAAACUUGCUGACAGAUUGUGUCACAUGCUCUGCUGGUUGAAAAUGGAGCGACAAAUUGAACGAGUCGUUGCCAACGAGCUCUCUGUGGCCCUGUUUCGGAAGCAGGCGGAAUGUCAGAGAAAGCUCUCUUUCUUUCAGGGGAAUGGCCGGCAUUCCAAGCUGACAAUGACGUGCCAGUGAUUUUUUUUUUUUUAGUUUUUUUGCUAUAGCUUUAAUUAACAGAGCUCUGUCUGUGUCUGCUGCUGUCGUAACAUCAGGAGAGCAUUCUUCAGCAUACCUUGAAUGACCUUUUUUUGGGGAUUUGUAACACUGAAGACUACUGACGUUUUUCUU